CCUUCCACUCGUCAAGCAUUUCUUGGGUGUGCCCUAACCAUCCCUAUCCUCCUGCUAUACCCAACACCUUCACAUUUCUCAACAUUAACUCACCUUCACACACUCAACUCUGGUUACUUUCCCUUUUGGGUUGUUUUAGUGUGAGAGAUAUAGAUACCCAGGAAUCCAGUAUGCACAUUUGUCCUCCAAACCCUAAACCCAGCUUUGUUUGUUUUCGACAAAAAGAUUGAUAUGAAACUCAAAGAGUGAAACCCAGGUUUAACCCCAUACCCCCCAGUGUGGUUUAGGAUUAGGAGGAGGGGCAGUAGAGAUGGGUUUUCUUUUUUAUAUUUCGGAAUGGGAACAAAAGAUCUAAAAGCAAAGCAUGAAUGUGAGAUGAACAAAUGUCAAUGUAUUCACCAAAACCUUGCUAAAAAUAGCAAAAACUAAAGCACUGCCUUACCUUUCUCUUUAACCUAAAACUCUCCAUUUCGUGAUUGCCGAGCGUCCAUCACCGGCCAAUUGAGCUAAUGAUGGCAGCAGCUACAGCAGCAGGAGCAGCAACAGCAGCUACUCCUAGUGUUCAUGAGAAACCCGAGGCCUUUGCUUUGGUGGCAGGUGUUGAGGGUGUCACUGUGGAAGGGGACAACACCCAUCAACACCCAUCGGGUCCUUCCGGGUUGACCCGUGACCUUGUCGCUGCUGUUCCAAGCUUUGGUUUCAACAGGAAGAAAAGGAUGGCUAGACAGAGGAGAUCAUCUUCCACAAUCAAACUUCUCUCUUUUACUAACAACUCCUCCUCCUCCUCCUCCUCCUCCUCGCACGUGCCUUCCCCCCCUCUCCCCACACGUGUUAUUGAUCCAAAGAGAUUGAGAUUCCUUUUCCAGAAGGAACUCAAGAACAGCGACGUAAGCUCCCUCCGAAGAAUGAUACUCCCUAAGAGAGCAGCGGAGGCUCACUUACCGGUCCUCGAGUCCAAAGAAGGGAUCCUCAUCAACAUGGACGACUUAGAUGGAUUGCAUGUAUGGAGCUUCAAGUACAGGUUUUGGCCGAAUAACAACAGCCGUAUGUACGUGCUCGAAAAUACCGGGGAAUUCGUUAGCACGCACGGAUUACAGCUCGGGGAUUUCAUCAUGGUGUAUCAAGAUAGCCUAAACCAGAAUUAUGUAAUCCAGGCGAAGAAGGCGUCGGACGAAGAUGUAUAUAGUGACAUAGCUAGGAACGGAGUGAAUGACCUAUUUCUCCAUGAUUAUGAGGCAACUAAGUCCAGCAACUAUUACUAUCCAAUGAUGGAGGAUAAUGGGAUGUCAUUUAUAUAUGACACCACCUUGAGCUUCUCAAAUGACUGCCCACUUGAUUUUCUGGGUGGAUCAAUGACCAACUAUUCAAGGAUGGGGUCUCUGGAAAGCUUUGGUUCUGUUGAAAACUUGUCACUUGAUGAGUUUUAUCAACUUUAAUAUCUCCAUGGAUACUGUUUGUUUUAUAUUUUGUUAAACAACAAAACAAAAAAGGCUUUCAUCAUGAAAUGUCAAAGGAUGGGGCCAACUUUAUCCUUAUUUUGGUGUUUUUUCAAGUGUUUCUACUUUUUUUUGAGCAGCCGUUACAGUGAUGUCCAAUGUAAUAGAAAAUCAAACAAAAUAAACAUAAAGUGAAGCUA